AUGACCAAAGAUAGCGGAUUCAAACACGAGAAUCUUGUCUCGAAAAGAGCAGAUGCAAGAACUUUUACACAUUUUUCAAGUUCCGGAACCGAAGGAGCUCCUCCAGGGUUCAAGCCCCAUCCUAAGCCAUUGGCGUUACAUUGGGGGAUGCCCAAUGCUGGAUUUUUCCCAAUUGACCUGAUUGAUGUGAACUUGGUGGAGUACCCUUUCCAAAAGAGCUUAUCCAUUCCAAUCACUAAUGCUAGUGUGGAAUCGUUUUUUCCAGACGAAAAGUCUACUACAGGCAAGAAUACUGUCACUAUCAACAAGGUAGAUGAUUCAAAGUAUCUUGAUAUUACCACAGCAUUGCAAUAUGGACCGGUUGCAGGUCUUUCUCCAUUGCUUCAGUUUACCGAGGACUUCAUUACCAGGGUUCAUAAACCCGCAUAUGAAGGCUGGGGUACUAUAAUUACCAACGGUGCAGGUGAUGGUUUGAAUAAAGUUGCAGAUGCCUUACUUGAUCCUGGUGAUGUCAUUUUACUUGAAGAAUUCACAUUCGUGCCCUUCUUAAAGAAUAUUGAAAACAGUGGUGGUAUUCCGGUUCCAAUUAAGUUGAAUUUGGAUCAAGAAAGUGGGAAGGAAUUGGGUUUGGACUUAGAUUACUUGACUAAUUUAUUAGAAAAUUGGAAAACCGAGAAGCCCGGUUUACCUCUGCCAAAGGCACUUUAUGUGAUCCCUACGGGACAGAACCCAACAGGUACUACUCAAUCUGUGGAAACUCGUAAGAAGGUUUAUGCAUUAGCUGAAAAGUACGAUUUUGCCAUUAUUGAAGACGAUCCAUAUGGGUACUUAUCUUUACAACCAUGGCAAAAGCCUGCCAAUACGUUCAAACUCAAUGAUUUCUUGGAAGUUGACGACUAUAUUGCAAACCAUAUCACUCCAUCUUACCUUACAAUUGAUACGAGUGGUAGAGUGUUGAGAAUUGAAACCUUUUCGAAGUUAUUUGCGCCAGGCUUAAGAUUGGGUUUCAUUGUUGCGCACAAGAGAUUCACGAAAGUUAUAGAGAACUACUCUAACGUUGUUACCAGAUCAUCACUGGGAACUUCACAAUUAAUUGUGCAAAAUGUGAUUGCAAAGAAAUUUGGCGGAGUUGACGGAUGGUUGCAAUGGAUUUUGAAAAUGAGAGUAACAUACUCUCACAGAAGAGAUUUGCUUUUAAACCAAUUAUUUGAAUCUGAAGCAUACAAGAAGGGCUACUUAGGGGUUAUUGAUCCAACUGCUGGUAUGUUUGCCAGUGUCUUUAUCAAGUUUCCUGAAGGGGUUGACGCUCAAGCCAAGUUGCAAUUAUUGAACUUUAAGUUCCAAAAUUUCGGUGUUGGAGUUGUCCUUGGAGCUAACAUGGCGGUCGAUAGGAAGUUUAGUGAAGAAAGGGCUACCUUCUAUAGACUUACCUUUGCACCUGCAAACAACGACCAGGAAAUCAUCGAAGCUGGUAAGAGAUUUGUUGAUGCAGUUGAGGACUUUUUCGCUAAGGGACUAGAAUAUUAA